CCGUGUCAGCGAAUCAACUCUCCAGUGUCGCAGCGAAUUUACUCUCCCAUGUCACAGCGAAUCAGAAGAUGAAAAAAAUAGCCACGCCGUUGCAUCUUUGACGUUACGUGGACAAUCAACAGUGGGAGCAGCACAAAAGCCCGCAACCGUCAUGGACGAAUGUACGUAUACUCGUCGUGUCGCAUUACUCCGUUAUGCCUUUCCUGUCGUACAGACACGCAUUGUGAGGCGUAUGCACUUCUCAUCCUACCCUGUGAUUUGCAGCUUCAUUCCAUUACAGGUUAUCAAACACGUGUUGACUAGGCUUACAUUGUAUCCUGUUCUGGCCUGUAGCUUGUAUCCUGUUCUGGCCUACAACUUGUAUCCUGUGCUGACUUGCAACUUGUAUCCUAUUCUGGCCUGCAACUUGUAUCCUGUGCUGACUUGCAACUUGUAUCCUAUACUAACCUGCAACUUGUAUCUUGUUCUAGCCUGCAACUUGUAUCCUGUUCUGGCCUGCAACUUGAAUCCUGUUCUGGCCUGCAACUUGAAUCCUGUUCUGGCCUGCAACUUGUGUCCUGUGCUGACCUGCAACUUGAAUUCAUUCCAGCAUUAAAAAUAAUAUGGUUACGCGUAUACACUUCUCAUCUCCGUC